UUUGUAGUGUUGGAAUGCUAUUUUUAAUGUUGAUUGUACUUGUUUUGUCUGUUGGUUUUUGUAAUUGGAGAAUGAAUAAAUUAUUUGGGGGAACGAUGAUUAUUGCUUAUUUAAUUUUUUGUGCUCUCUCAAUUGCUUUGGAAAUUGGUGGAAUUUCUUGUCCUUUAAGACUUUGCCAAAAUUAUUAA